AUUAUCAUGUGCAAGGUUCCGCGACAUCUAGACGAAGCAGCUGUGUGGCUCUCCAGGCACAGGCAGCUCCACUCCUCGCUGCUUCACUCUCUGCUUCCGCUGUCCCCGCCGCUUUUACCAUAUCCAACCGCCAAUUCUAACCUCCGGACUAAGUGUAUGGAAUUUCCCCGAGACGCCACCUUACCCUACCGCGCUAUCUGAAAAUCGUGCCCGUUUCCUGGAUGACCUCCCCAUGCCUUUAUUAGAUAUUGCUACUGCACGGUCUUGUCUUGGGAAUACUCCAUAUAUAUUUAGGUCUCAAAAUAUUCUACACCAUGAAUUUGUAUACAGAAAUCAGAAGGGAUUAUUGGCUUUUCCAUGGAAAUUUGUCUGUGUCCCUGAAAAAGCUAUCAACUAUAACCUGGGGAGGCUUCAUGUGUGUAGGGGUCGACUUGUGAUUAAGGCAGUUGCUACUCUUGAACCAACAAGAUUGGCCAAGAGAAAAGAUGAAUUUAGUUUGAGGGUUGAUGUUGAUUCAGGAAGUUCCGCUGUACCUCAUGGGAUUGAGCAGCAAUCCUCAAGUGACCACUCAACUGAACCUAAUGACAGAGAAAAGUUGAGAAGGAUGAGGAUUUCGAAAGCUAACAAAGGGAAUACCCCAUGGAACAAAGGAAGGAAGCACAGUCCUGAAACCUUACAGAGGAUUAGAGAGAGAACCAGGCUUGCAAUGCAGGAUCCUAAGGUCAAGAUGAAGUUAAUUAACUUGGGCCAUGCUCAAAGUGAAGAAACAAGGGUAAAAAUUGGAGUUGGUGUGCGAAUUGGGUGGGAAAAACGUCGCAAUAAGUUAAUGUUGCAAGAGACCUGCCUCUAUGAGUGGCAAAAUCUACUUGCAGAAGCUUCAAGAAGGGGUGUUCUUGGUGAGGCAGAGUUACAGUGGAACUCAUAUAAGAUUCUGGAUAAAAAGCUUGAGCAAGAGUGGGUGCAAAGCAUUGAAGAAAGAAAAAGAACACCAAAACCAAAGGGUAGCAAGAGAGCACCUAAGUCUCUCGAACAAAGGAGCAAGAUCUCCGAGUCCAUUUCAGCCAAAUGGGCUGAUCCUGAAUAUCGAAAUCGGGUUUGCUCGGGUCUGGCAAAGUAUCAUGGCAUAACAGAAGGGGUUGAAAGGAGGCCAAGGAGAAAGCCAAGUGUUGAUGGACAGACAAGGAAGAGAAGCCCUUCCAAGAGGAUAGUUGAUUCAGAUGAUUCUUCAAAGCCUGAACCCAAGAGCCAUAUUCAACGUGUAAUGUUGAAGAGGAGUAGCGUGGCCCCAUAUAAGGAUCCUUUGGCGAGUUCAAAAUUAGAGAUGUUAAAGAACAUCAGGGCGCAAAGAGCAGCUGCUGAGAGCAAGAAAACUGAAGCUGUUGCUAGGGCAAGAUUGUUGAUUGCUGAAGCUGAGAAAGCUGCCAAGGCUCUUGAAGUAGCUGCUGAGAAGAGCCCUGUAGCUCAGGCUUCCCUUGUCGAAACUAGGAAGCUAAUCGCUGAAGCUAUCCAAUCUAUUAGUUCCAUAGAUGAAGGACAGGAAGAAUUGCAAAAUGAUGGUGGAAGUAUAUCACUGGCUGCACCUGAAUUUGUUGGCCUGGCCAAGUUGGAAAUGAGUGAAAAUGUUGAAAAUCCAAACCAAAUUGUUAAAAGAAAAGUGAAUGGAGCUCAAACAUCAAGAUCAAGUAAUCGUGACCUUAUUGGGUUCAAAUUUGAGAAUACUGCUUUGCAAGAUUUAGGGGAUGCAUCGAGUGACAUGAUGGGGUUCAGUUUCGAGGAACCUGCAUUGGGAGGAUUAGUGAAUGGUACAGCGGACGUGCAGAAGCUCCGCCAAACUAGACUUGAAGAUUAUAGUGUGGCUUCUGUGUUGUUGGAUAGUGCCGGAAGGGUAAAGUCUUCCAGUUGCACAGACCGUAUGGUCGAUCCCGCAUUGAGCGGCAGCCCACAGCGUGAGGAUAACCCCCUAUUGAAUGGAGUAAAGUCCUCCGAAUCUGGUAACGAAGAAAAAUUAUCUAAGUCAGCUAGUGUGACUAAGAAAUGGGUUCGUGGAAGACUGGUUGAAGUGGCUGAAGAAAGUUAGCUUAGUUCAACGUACAUGGUAGAUUUGAUUGAUGCUGCAGAUCUUCCCAUCAGGCUGGAGGUAUAGUGUAGAUCACCUGGUAAUCUGUGGUUACGUCGGAUGGAAUUUCUUACCACAGUAUUGUUCGAAAAUCUUUGUUCUAGCUAUAUAUGAUGAUGACUAUCUAGUAUAAUCAUUUAAUUUAUACCACCAGGGAUAUGAUUUAUUGCCCAUGUCCA